UAAACCGGAAGUAAACUGGUCAAUAAUACCGAGUGAAACGUAGCAUUAAAUUUCAUAGGACUUUAGCCUAAUUAUUCUGAGAAGAAUUAAAAAACGCAAUUGUAAUUUGUAAAAGGUAAAGCACAGCCGUUGAAUAAAGAAGAAAAUGAGUAUACAGUGGACAUUUAUCGCAACUGUUCUAUAUGCACAGUUAGCAGUAGUAUUUCUUUUAUUGUUACCAUGGAUAAAACCAUCAAGAUGGCAGAAGAUAUUUCGUUCUGGGUUUCUAGCUAAAAUUAGUACCUAUGGUCAUAUUUAUUUUAAUGUGUUUAUAUUGAUUUUAUUAGUUUUGUUUGCUGAUUCUGUCCGUGAAGUUAGAAAAUUUUCAGCUCCUAUUGAUGAAGUUGAUCUUAAACACAAUCCAGAUGCAGAAACCAAAAAUCUGAUGCGCUUAUUUAGAGCUCAAAGAAAUUUUUACAUAGCUGGAUUUGCCUUGUUUCUAUGGUUUAUUAUUAGACGACUAGUAACACUUAUUGCUAAUCAAGCUCUACUCCAGGCCCAAUGUGAAGCUAGUCAGAAACAGGCUAGUAGUGCUUCACAAGCUGCACAGAGAUUGUUAGAUGAUAAAGAAAAUAAAGUCAAUAAGACAAAGGAAGAUACAGCUGAUAUUGAACAGCAAAAAGAAUUAAAUAAACUAAAAGAAGAGCUUAAUGAAACUAAGGAAGAACUAAGACAUGCUGAAUUAAACUUAAAAUCUAUGAAGAAACAAUCAGAAUCAACUAAUGUUGAGUAUGAUCGACUGUUGAAAGAGCAUGCUACCUUACAGGAGAAAAUGGAGUCACUGGAAAGUAGUGGUGGCAAGAAAGAUAAAUAAAUAAUAUUGUUGUGUGUUUAGAAAAUAUAUAACCUCUAACAGUUAACAGACAUGUCUUACUUAUUGCUUAUUGUUGUUUAUAGCAUUGAUUCUUUACUGUAUUGAAAUAUUUUGAUUAUUUCAUAAAUAAGACAAUGGUAUAUUCCAUUGAAAGUAUUAGGAUAAAUAUAAUUAGAAUACAUUCAAUGGGAGACAACAUUUUGGUAGAUAUUGUUUGAUGGUGGAGCAAUAUUGACAUCAACAUGCUAUAGCUGUCAGACACAAGUAUUAGCUACAGAGCACCCACAAUUCCUACUACUGUGGCUAAUCAAAUUUUGUAUCUCUCUUUAAAAGUAAUAACUGGGUCACUAGUUGACAUCAACGUAUUUAUUUUGUUAAACAUGAAAGUGACCCUCCGUUUUGAAAAAUGUAGGUUUUGAUAUAUUAUCCAUUGAAUUUGUUAAUUUCUUUAUGAUUAUAUACUAUGGUGUUUAUGUUAUAUACUAAUACUAUAGCAUUUGUGUUAUAUACGAUGGCGUUUAUGUCAUAUACUAUGGACUUUAUGUUAUAUACUGUAUUUACAUUUUCUAUUGUUUGACUGUAGUGUAGACCAACAAUAAAUUUAAACUCGAAUGAAAUAAUUAUCACAUAUUUAUUAGAUAUUUAUUUCUUUCCUGGUUAUUAUUGUGUAUUUGUUACUGCUAGUAAACUUCACUGUUGAGUCUUCAUUUCCUUGAGUCUGUGUCAACUAGACUAUGGUAGAAACAUAUGGUCUGUUCUUUUUGCAUAUAUAUGUUUACUCACUAGACUGAUAAUAAAUGCCAUCAAUUGGAAAUACCAUGCUUAGAACAUGAAUUGGGAUAUGAAAAACAUGCUUAUUUUAUACUGACUAAACUUAUGGUUUAAAUUGUCUGAUAUUUACUUGUUUAAUUUCACGCUGACUAACUGUACAGUCAGUAUGGAACAAUAUUUACAAGUUGCCCUGAAACAGAUAUAGUAAUUAUGACCACUAACGAAUUCAUUGUUACCCAAGUUCAUUUUAUACAUACAUGUUUGAGUUCUACAUAUUUUUAACAUUAUUGUAAUCCAUAAUAGUUUAAGAUAUAAGUUUGUAUGUCAACAAAGAUGAACAUGAUCUGUUGGAUAUUGAAACUUUGUACAAUAUAAUAUUCUCUCUUGUUAAUAAUCAGUAGUACCUUUAAGGUUUUUCGAUUUUGUAUCACUUAUUUAUAUUCAACUAUGAAAGCAGGAUGAGCAUACAGUAUCAAAAUAGACGGGCUAAGACUAAACUAUUACUCUACAUAACUCAUGUCUGUACUACAGUAAAUAAGGAACAUACCUGUCUUAUAAAUAGAUUUUGCUCAAUACCUUGUUGUCAUCUUAAGAAAAAAAAUACCUGAACAAAUUAUUCAUUAGAUGUCUUUAAUAUCUAUUGUUUGUUAAAUUCAAUAAAAAAUCAAUUUGGUCCCAGUAAUAUAUAAUGUGUAAAAUGAAAAUAUCUUCACAUACAAACAUGUCUCCAAUUGAAUCCCAGACAACAAAGUUCAGUUCUUUUUAGCUUGCAAUAUAUGUGGAAGACCAAUUAAACAACUCUUUAUUCAUAGUCCUUAAUUCUUAUGUCUUCAUUUGUUGUCGUAUGGUGCAGCAACUGUUUUAUCAUUUCGUUAAAGCAAUCUGACAGCCCACCGCUAGCAUCCUCUUUCGGCAUAUUAUUACGGUUAGAUGAAUUUGGAGAAAUGUUUUUUGACAUUGGUUUUGCAAGAUUGGUAUUUGGAGAUUUGUAUUUGGAAAUUUGUUGUUCGAGAUUUGUUUGUCGUUGUCGGUUUCGGAUUAAAUGUAUUUUUUUGAUUUUCUAAAAGAGAUUUUAUCAUUAUAUUAUAAAAUGAAACAAAGAUACAAUUUACAAAUCUGAUAUGACAAAUAUCGGAUUUGUAAAACAGAUUGAUUUUAAGAUACAAAUAUUAUUAUUGAUUUUAAGAUACAAUUGUUGAAAUAUGACAACAAAUGAAGAAUUAAGGACUAUGAUUAAAGAAUACUGAAUAAAGAGCUGUUUGGUCUUCCAUAGCGAUGAUAAACAUUUCCUUUAAAAAUUUAAUUGAACUUGAAAGAACAUGGUUUAUUAUUAAAUUUCCAUAUUUGGUUACAUAAGUUCGUCCAUCAGAUCUUGAAAAUCUGUGACAAACCAUUUGGCUUGAGAUUUUACUUUCUCACGAACAAUAUUCCCACCAUAUCCAAUAAAUGCAGCCUAGAAGAAAAUAUUUUAGUUGAUUAAUUAGUAAUUUAAUAAUAGCUUAUGUAAAUUGCAAAAGUGUGAAUCACUUACUGAAAGUAUAUUAUUUUUUAUAUAAAUAAGUAUAACUUGUGGAUUGAUAGUGGUCAUGGUUAGAUUAUAAAUGUAUAUAUUGUUACUGUAGUUGUUAUUAUAACAGUUUAAUAUUGUAGGAUAUAUAGUAUAUCUGCUGAUAACUGCUUGAAACUUUUAAAUGGAUUGAAUUAAGAAACCAUGAAAUGUCUUCUGAUUAAAAAAUCUUGUUCUUAGUUAUUUGGCAAAUUAUUUUCUGUGAGGUGACUCUGAACAGGAAAUAAUUGUUACAUCAAUGACAAUGGUGUAGCCAUAUUUUGAGAAUGACUGUUAUUACUUUUGCAUGAAGAGAUUGGAUGGCUAAUUCCUUAGAUUUAGAAAUAUAAGUUAUAUGUAUAUAUCUUGACUAGUGAUUAAACUCUGAAGUCAG